AUGUCAUUAUUGUCGUUGUCGUUCGUACGCCGUACGUACGCCGUGAAGCCGUACAAUAAUAAUAAUUGUACUCAACCCAAAAAACAGUUGAAAUUAUCGGAAGUAGGAAAAACUGUGAAAAAUCUUAGUCAAACAGAAUUUGAAAAGUCUAACCUAGAACUCAUUAUAAACACUGUGUCACCUUUUUCUUUGUCACUUAACAUCGAAUAAAGUUCUUAUGUCUAGAAGAAGUUUGAUGAGAAAUGUAACCUCAUUGUCCAACGAUACGAUUCAACAACUGAAGACUGAAUUAGAAAAAAUUAAACAUUACUGCAGAUUGCUGGAGUAUUUUACGCAGGUAAAAUAUUAUUUUUAAUCAAUUAUUAAUUGUUAAUAUUAAUUAAUCAAAAAACUAAAUUUUUAAUUGUUAUUUAAUAAUAAUAUUCAACCUAUAUUUACAAAAUAAAUUUAUUGCAGAUCAUACAUGGGUUUCACAAUUCAUUGGAUGAACCCAAUUACAUUGGAACGUAAUUCCCGUGUACUUGCUUGUGGACGUAUGUUAGGGAGGCAUGCAUACGAUAAUAUAGCAGAAAUAAUUGAAAAAGUUCUUACAGAAAUUGACAUACAGUCUAAAACCACUCUAAUAGUCGCAGAUAACGCAGACAAUUUUGUAAAAGCUUUCAAGUAAGAUAUAUAUUUUAGAAUUGCCUAUUUGUAAUAGUUAUGAAUGUCAUGAUUUAUUAUAAUGUAUUUUAGCGAAUUCAUUAAGCCAUGAUCAUCGUACAUCAACGUUUUAAAUUUUAUUUAAAAUAUAUACAGUUUUGAUAAUCAGAUUUUAUUUCAUCUUUUUCAACAGUAUAAAAAAUGGUAGAAUUAAUUAAUCUCUAAACGCUGGUGUACGAUCAUAAUUUGUUUUUACUUUCUAUAAUAUAUACUAAUUGUAUAUAUUUAUAUAUUGUAAUAUUUUGUAAUAGUUAUUCAUUUUAUUUUUAUAAUUACAAUUAUUAUUACAAGUUUUUCAAUUUUAAAUGUAAUUAUUUUGAUCUCAGAGUGUUUGGUGUUAAUAACGAAAUUGACAAUAGUGGUUAUAAUACUGAAAUGCGUGGAAUUGAAAUUGAAGAAAAUGAUGAAAUAUUGAGAACCGUAAAUAUCACUGAAAUACUUGAUGGUCAAAUUGGUCAAAAUAUAAAUGAUAUAUUAGAUAUAAAAUUACUGAUACAUCAAAGACGUGCAGCGCACAUAUUGAAUUUAAUUGUAACAGUUGAUAUUCUAAGCAGCAAAAGAUGGUUCAUUCAAAGUACUUAG